UGUGUGCUAAUACAUGCAGGGUAGUUUGGUUGAAGGUCAAGAAAUAGCUGUAAAAAGGCUCUCAAAGAACAGUGUGCAAGGAACUGAAGAGUUCAAGAAUGAGGUUAAAUUGAUUGCAAUGCUUCAAAAUAGGAACCUGGUUCGAUUUCUCGGUUGCUGCAUCGAAAUGGACGAGAAGAUGUUAGUCUAUGAGUACAUGGAAAUUCGAAGCCUCGAUUCAGUUUUAUUCGAUAAAGCAAGAAGCUCCUUACUGAACUGGCAAAGCCGAUUCGAUAUCAUUUGCAGAAUUGCUCAAGGACUAUUGUAUCUUCACCAGGAUUCCAGGUUUAGAACCGUGAACCAAGUCACUGUCACAAUGCUGGAUGCUAGGUAGUGAAAGGUCCGAGCUGCACCAUCAUGCUUUGGCUGUUUGUAUAUCUCAAAGAAAGUUGCCAUCGUAUAUUUGCAGUUUUAGGGUUUUUCCAAUAAUGUUUUUUUAAAGGAA